AUGGCAUAUUGUUUUGUGGUAGGUAACGAAAUUGUGAGCGCUUUUGAAGUUACAUGUCAGGCAGGAACGAGCGUUUCAAACCUAAGGGACAUAAUCUAUGAGAAGAAUAAGAACUAUUUCAAAGAAAUACAUGUUGACGCCAACAAGUUGUACCUAUGGAAGGUGGAUAUUCCUUACAAUAACCCUAAACUGAAAACACUUGAAAGCAGAUUUCGUGAUAUAAAUGAAGAAGAUACUACUAUACAAGAGCUUGGAGGAACAAAGUUAACACCAUUUGAGAAUAUUGAUGACAUUUUUGCGCGUAAUGUCUCCAAAAAAAUCCGCAUCAUCUCUACGAUCGACAAUAACAGGCGGAUUUCAAGUGUUUUAACUUCUUUUUAUUUCACUGCAUUAGUUUCGCCGAUGCACGUCAUUCCUGACGGAGUUAAAAUUGAAAUUAAAAACAAAGUUAUAAAGACUUUUCCACACAUGAAUAUUCUUUCAAUUGACCAACUUAUUGACGCGCUCGCCUUGAUUUGGGACAUUGAGGCAUUAGAAAGUGGCUCUACAGUUUCACAAAAUGAUCCGUAUGUUGAACUGAGGACGGCACCCUCUUUUUUCAAAAUAAGCUUGCCCCGUGGUAUAACCGAACGAACUUUCACAAACGUUGAUCUGUGCCUCCCUUCUUACAAUAAAUCCGGAGAGAACUAUCACAAUCCCUUCUAUAAUGACCCACAAUUCAGAGAAACGGUUUCUUUUGUGGAAGAUAAGAUUAAAGAAAGACCGAAAGACAUAAUCGUUCUCGCCGGGGUCUCAGGAGGUGGAAAAACAUCGACAACAUUCGGAAUUGCCAUGCAACGUUGGUCAAUCUAUAUUGAUUUUUCUCCUAUUAUAGGGUAUUAUGGCGUCCAUUUGAUAACAGAGCUUGAAGAAAUCAGACGUAUAAAACCUAAGUUUGAACUCGAUGGUCAACAAAUUGAUGCAUUUCGCAUGUUAAACAUAGCAAUACUCUCACGCGGACUUUUACUUAUUAAGAUGUUUAUUGAGGAAAAAGUUUCAACACCAAAGGAAUGGCUAUUGGCACAGCUUCAAAUGAAUGAUUCUGAAACUCGAAGUAUCUUACGCCUUAGAAAAUAUGAUCCUGAUACUACUAUUAUACUUAUCAAGAAAAUUAAUGCUUGUCUCAAAUUAGCUAAUCUAACCUUAAUACUUGAUGAGUCGCAAGUCUUAUGUUCAUCCGAAUAUGGAAAAUAUAAAGGGUCAAAUCGUGGCAAAUCUUGGAAUCUUUUGCAAGGUUAUGUAGCGCACCUUCUCCAAUUUCCCGUUACCUGCCUUCUUGCUGGCACAUACAUGCAUAUGGCGAGUGGAAUUUCUCUUAUCACUUCUGUUGGAAAAGAUCCAAAUUUGCAAACUCAUAUUGUGCUAAAACUUCCCUUUCUCUCGCCUGAUGAUGUCUUGCGGAACCUUGAUGCCGUAAUUGACCUUGAGCAUGUUAAAACCGAAACUCGCGAACUCCUGGGAAAUCUUCUCAUGGGGCGACCUCGAAACUGCGCAUCAUUUGUUCGACUGUUAAUAUCAACGCCGAGAUCAAAUGGUAAAACAAAAGAUCAAGUGCUACGAGAACUUAUUCCGUUGUGGCAACACGAAAUUUGCUCUUCCAUGGCAGAUUAUUUGGCGAACGCGUGUGAAUAUUUUGGUGCGGAUAAUCUCCAUUCAGAGAAAGCAAUUAUGGACGUUCUUAGACAUCGUGUUUUUUAUCAUCAUGAGUUCAAGGAAGCUAUAGAACUUCUCCAGCACAGCAUCAUUCCUUGCCAAUCACCAGUAUGCAUUGUUCUCAAAUAUAAUUCUAAAAUUGAUCAUGAAAUCGAAAUAAACUCAUCGUUUGAAUCUUACCUUAUUGACAGCAUUAAAUUAUUUCUUGAGCAAAAACGAAAUAAAAAAAUGAUAGAUGUCUUUGUUGAUAACAUCAUCAUGCUCAAUAACGUUACAUCAAUCGGCAAUGAAUUUGAUGCGGUCUUUAUUACGGCAAUCAUUGAGAAACGCAAUCGUUAUAUACGAGAAGAACUUGAUAAAUGGAAAAAUGGACAACAAUUUGACCUUCCUUCAUGGAUCACUCCCACAAUGAAGUUUAUUACAACUUCAAAUCUAUCAGAUAGCGUUCAUAUAACUCAAUAUGUUAAAAAUAUUAUGACCUAUAGUUCUUACGCAAUUCAACCAGAACAGCGCUCAGGAUCAGAUGUGGUACUUUCUCUCAUGGAUGAUAAGCAAAAUGUGGUGCUAUUAUCGGUAGGCAGUACAGUUUCUAGUAGUGUUUCUAUUAAGAAAAAAAAAGUCAAAGAUCAGUUAAUUAAAUCAUGUUUGAGGUUUCAAUAUAUUGAAUGUCCAACUGAUAGAAAGAAGAAACCUAAACGCCUCAAAAUUAGUCUUAAUGCUGAUUUACCGAAGGAUGACAUAAAUUACCAAAUAUCUGAUUUCUCUAAACACAAUCAAAUCAAUACUUUCAUUAAAAAUCGAAAACAUAUUUAUGUUUCAGUGGAACUUCCACGUAGAGCUGGCAAAAGAUCUGGCAAAAGAACUGAAUUGUUUCGAUUAAAUGAAUAUGGUGAUCUUGUGAUUAUUGUCGAUGAUCGUAAUAUUAAGCAUGUUUUUGGAGAGACCAUUGAGAGACUAGUGGAAAAUCUUAGGCGUAUAUUUUCACAUUAG